CUGCCUCCCAGAGCUUCGUGCAGGAGCCGUUGAUGUGAAUGACACCCUGAUGUCCCAGCUGGAUUACUGAGCUACUGUGUGAUUCCUGGAGCUGCUGCUGUUGGAAUAAGGAGCUGUCCUCAGUUCUUGGCCUGUCCCAGGAGCACCUCCUGGGUGCUGCAUGCAAGUCCUGGACGUGCUGGAAACGAUGGGGAUUGGCAAGAACACCACGGCCAAGUCGGUGGAGGCAGGAGGCUCCACAGAGGGCAAAUAUGAGGAUGAGUCCAAACACCCCACCUUCUUCACCCUGCCUGUUGUGAUAAACGGUGGAGCCACAUCCAGUGGUGACCAGGACACAGAGGACACAGAGCUGAUGGCCAUCUACACCACAGAGAAUGGCAUAGCAGAAAAGAGCUCCCUGGCAGAGACCCUGGACAGCAGUGGCAGUUUGGAUGCCCAGAGGACUGACAUGAUUUACACCAUUGAAGAUGUUCCUCCCUGGUACCUCUGCAUAUUUCUGGGCUUGCAGCACUACCUGACGUGUUUCAGCGGCACCAUCGCCGUGCCCUUCCUGCUGGCCGAUGCCAUGUGCGUGGGCUUUGACCAGUGGGCCACCAGCCAGCUCAUCGGGACCAUCUUCUUCUGCGUGGGCAUCACCACCCUGCUGCAGACCACCUUUGGCUGCAGGUUACCCCUGUUCCAAGCCAGUGCUUUUGCAUUCUUAGCACCUGCCAGAGCAAUUCUCUCUCUGGAGAAGUGGAAGUGCAAUAACACAGAUGUCACAGUCACCAAUGGAACAGCAGAGCUGCUGCACACGGAGCACAUCUGGUACCCCCGGAUACGAGAGAUCCAAGGUGCCAUCAUCAUGUCCUCGCUGAUCGAGGUGGUGAUCGGGCUGCUGGGGCUGCCCGGGGCUCUGCUGCGCUACAUCGGGCCCCUGACCAUCACCCCCACCGUGGCCCUCAUCGGCCUCUCGGGCUUCCAGGCUGCAGGGGAGCGAGCUGGCAAGCACUGGGGCAUCGCCAUGCUGACUAUUUUCCUAGUAUUGUUGUUUUCUCAGUAUGCCAGAAAUGUCAAAUUUCCCUUGCCCAUUUAUAAAUCCAAGAAAGGAUGGACAGCAUACAGGCUGCAGCUUUUCAAGAUGUUCCCUAUCAUCCUGGCCAUCCUGGUGUCGUGGCUGCUGUGCUUCAUCUUCACGGUGACGGACGUGUUUCCCCCGGACAGCUCCAAGUACGGCUUCUACGCGCGCACGGACGCGCGCCGCGGCGUGCUGCUGGUGGCGCCCUGGUUCAAGGUGCCCUACCCCUUCCAGUGGGGGCUGCCCACCAUCUCUGCCGCGGGGGUGAUCGGGAUGCUGAGCGCCGUGGUCGCCAGCAUCAUCGAGUCCAUCGGCGAUUACUACGCCUGUGCCAGGCUCUCCUGUGCUCCUCCUCCACCCAUCCAUGCCAUCAACAGGGGGAUUUUCAUCGAGGGUCUCUCCUGUGUUCUGGAUGGAGUGUUUGGGACAGGGAAUGGAUCCACCUCUUCCAGCCCCAACAUUGGGGUCCUGGGCAUCACAAAGGUUGGCAGCCGCAGGGUGAUCCAGUAUGGAGCAGCCUUCAUGCUGCUGCUGGGCAUGGUGGGCAAGUUCAGCGCGCUCUUCGCCUCGCUGCCCGACCCCGUGCUGGGCGCGCUCUUCUGCACCCUCUUCGGGAUGAUCACGGCCGUGGGUCUGUCAAACCUGCAGUUCAUCGAUCUGAAUUCUUCUCGGAAUCUCUUCGUGCUCGGCUUUUCCAUCUUCUUCGGGCUCGUCCUCCCGAGCUAUCUCAAGCAGAACCCCCUGGUCACUGGAAUAGCAGGCAUUGAUCAGGUGUUGAACGUGCUGCUCACCACUGCCAUGUUCGUCGGGGGCUGCGUCGCCUUCAUCCUGGAUAACACCAUCCCAGGAAGCCCUGAAGAAAGGGGAAUACGGAAAUGGAAGAAAGGGGUUGGUAAAGGAAGCAAAUCCCUGGAUGGCAUGGAAACAUAUGAUCUGCCUUUUGGCAUGAACUUCAUUAAAAAAUACAGAUGUUUCAGCUUCCUGCCCAUCAGCCCCACCUUCAUGGGAUACACGUGGAAAGGCUUCAGGAAAAGCAGUAACUGCAGGAGUUCAGAUGAAGACUCAGAAGCUACAGUAUAGCCUUAGCUGAAAUUAUAUUAUCUAGUUGUAGUCAAAGAUGUAUUUGCAGUUUCUUGCUGAUUAAGAAGCAUUAAAAUCUAUGUUUUGUA